AUGGCCAACAUGCUCAAACGCGGCAACCACGCGGACGAUAGAGAAGCAAAGAGACAAGGGGGUGGUGAUCAAGUCCAGACUGGCGCAGAGCCACAGAAGAAAAGGUUCACGCAUGAGGACUACACAGUCGGAUGGGUUUGCCCUCUGGAGGUCGAGCUCACUGCGGCGCUGCAAAUGCUGGAUGAGGAACACGAGCCGCUAGGCCAACCUUCCACAGACCACAAUCUCUACCAUCUUGGUAGUGUCGCAGGUCACAAAGUCGUCAUUGCUGGAUUGUGGCAAGCUGGGAACAACCCGGCCACAGCAGUGGUGACGCAGAUGCGUAUCCGAUUCCCCAACCUUCGCUUUGCUCUGUUGGUCGGUAUAGGAGGCGGCGUGCCAACGAUAACUGAACAUGGCAUGCUGCGCCUUGGGCAUGUGGUUGUGAGCCAACCUGUCGGGCCAUUUUCGGGAGCGAUACAGUAUGACCAUGGGAAGGCGAGAGAUGGGGUAUUUGAGCGGACUGGGGCAUUAGCUCCACCACCUGUAGUUCUUCUCCUUGCUGCGCGAUCGCUUGCUGCUCAGCGUGCUCGAUCAGAUACAGACCCUAUUAUGAAGAAUGUUCAACGCGUAGACACAAGCAAGCCCCAGCUGCGACGGUUCGAGUUCCCUGGUAUCGAAAAUGACAAGCUAUUUCCGGCUGAUUACAAGCAUCCCUGCCCUGGACUGUCCUGCGAAGAGAGUGGAUGUGACACAGCACACAUUAUAAAACGCGAGAUAGGUGAAUUUGAUGAACCCAUUGUGGUACACCGAGGUACCGUGGCGUCUGGAGAGCUUAUGCUAAAGGACAGUGCACUGAGGGACAAGCUCGCCAAGGAAUACGGGGCCCUCUGUUUCGAAAGAGAGGCUGCCGGAGCAAUGGCCGACUUCCAUUGCCUUGUCAUUCGAGGUAUUUCACACUACUGCGAUUCGCACAAUAACGACCAGUGGGAUGGUUUCGCAGCGGCGGCAGCUGCAGCAUAUGCUAGGCAGCUGUUCUUCCACAUGCCGAUUGAUGAAGUGAAACUGCAAACCAUCGUUCCAAGUACUGAUCCUGGGUUCCAGAUGUUGGUUCAACGCAGUCAUGACAAGGAACGGCAACUGAUUGCUAGCUGGCUUUGCUCAACAGACUAUGCAUCACAGCAAAGUGCAAAUUUACGUGAGCGACAAGACGGAACUGGACAGUGGAUAUUUGAAACUGAUGAGUUCCGUCAAUGGGACAGGGAGAAGGGGGUCCUUUUCUGCCCUGGCAUUCCUGGCGCCGGAAAGACGAUACUGACAUCCAUUGUGGUUGACUACCUUCGAAAAAAGCAUGGAACAAACGAUGAUGUUGUUUUUGCUUACAUCUUCUGCAAUUUCCAGCAGCAAGAAAGCCAGAAGUUAGACAUCAUACUGGCAAAUAUCCUGGGGCAGCUCAUACGAGGCCUGUACCACAUCCCGGAGGAUAUCCAAACGUUCUAUGAGACAUAUCAGCGAAAUGGAAUGCAACCACAGCUCGGAGACAUUCUGGAGAUGCUGGAUGUAGCUUCAGGGUUAUAUUCACACGUUUAUAUGAUCAUUGACGCAUUGGACGAGUGCUCGGACUCUGACGGGACGCGGACCCAUCUGAUUUCCCAUAUCCUCGACCUCCAACGACAUUUCAAUAUUAGCUUCAUGGCAACUGCUAGGUUUAUUCCGGGAAUUACCUCGAAGUUCCAAAAUUUUCCUUCGGUGGAGAUCCGAGCUAGUGACGCAGACGUGAAACGAUAUGUUGAGAGCAACCUACCCUCCAUCGUGAGAAGAAAGCCAGAUAUCCAUGACCUUGUCAUUUCGGAAAUUAUUAAGAAAGUCGAUGGAAUGUUUUUGCUCGCCAGAGUGUAUCUUGAUUCCCUCAAGGGAAAAUGUAGUAUCACAGCUAUAAAAGAGGCCCUCAACAAAUCCAAGACUGGGUGGGAGGCAUACGAACAUGCGUAUGAGAAGGCAAUGAAGCAAAUCCAGCAACAAAUAGGAGACCGAGCUGAACUCGCAAAGCGAGCAUUGGCUUGGCUUACCUUUGCGCGGCGCGCUCUUACACUGACAGAACUCCAGCAUGGUCUUGCUGUUGUGGUUGGAGAAAGUUCAUUUAAUGAAGAAAACUCGCCAGACGUGGAGGAGAUGAUCUCUUCCUGUUCGGGACUGAUCACAUACAAUGAGAAGAAUCAUAUCAUCAGCUUGGUUCACUACACAACGCAAGAAUAUCUGGAGAGGACAUGGGCAUCUUGGUUCCCAAACGCCCAUAGCGCUAUCGGCGAGGUAUGCGUCACCUAUCUUUGUUAUGAUGAUUUCGAAGCCGGGGGAUGUGGGUGCGAGGAUAAUUACGAAGAAAGGUGUCGGAAAUACCCUUUGUAUGCAUAUGCAGCGGAAAGCUGGCUGUAUCAUGCCAGGAAACAACCUCUCAAUCACUCCCUCGUCGGGAAACUGUUGAUGAGUGACCAGAAGUUCGACGCUUGGGUCCAGGGUCUAAAAGAGGAAACGACACCUCUUCACCUGGCGGUUGAGUUAGGCCUUGAGGACGAGGCAGAGGCGCUGCUCAUGGACGGCCAUGAGGUUAAUGCAAGAGACCGGCGUUUGUCCACUCCCUUCCAAAUCGCCGUCGAGAAGGGUCAUGAAAGGCUGAAAAUGCUUCUACAUCGGUAUGGGGCGAGGCCUGUGGCGGACAUGUUUACCGCGGCUAGAAUUUGGGAUGAAUCCAAGGUCAAGUACUUCCUUGAACGCGGAGUAGAUGUGAAUCUCAAAGACGAUCUUGUCUGGACAUCGCUGGCCGACGCUGGAGCGAACACCACCACCUACGGCCUCACCCCACUGUGCUUAGCAGCGAAGAAUGGUCAUCAGGCGGUGGUUCGACUCUUGCUCAAUGAGGGUGCGAGCCCAAAUCUUCCAGACGAAAACGGCACUACUCCACUAAUGCACGCCUUAGCAGAAGGCCAUAGCGAAGUAGUGGGCCUCCUUCUUGAAGCAGGCGCGCAAAGAGAUUCGAUUUCGAAAAGUACCACCGUUGCACGUGUAGGAAGAGACGUCCGGGAGAGCAGUCCGUUAGAAGUCGCUGUUGAGAACAACAAGAAGGCUGUGAUUCGAAACCGCUUGGCGCACGGUGCCAAUUCCAAUCUCCAGGUCAGGGAGUCCGCUUUAUCAUGGGCAAUCAAUAACAGAGACAGAGAGGCUGCCUAA